AUGGCUAAGAACAAACCCAAGACUACAGUAGCAGAGCCAACACUGAAGAAAAAGACAAGCAAAGAAUCGCCACCGGAAGAUCGAAAGAAACCGUCUCGUGGUUUAGUGGUUGGUGAAAAUUUUGGAUGGACAGGCAAACUACCCGUUACUCUACUAAAUGAACACUGCCAAAAACAAAAAUGGAACAAAUGCCAAUAUGAUAUGAUGAGGAAAUCCAACGGCUAUGUUGGAGUGGUGACAUUGUCUUGGGAAAAUCCGAAAACAAGAGAAGUCAUUACCGUGAAGUAUAUACCUACUUAUUCUCCGAGAGAAACCAGUAAUGAAGCCAGACACAUGGUUGCAACGUUUGUUUUACAUAGAAUCAACUACAUCAAAAACAUGAAGAUGUUGCUCCCGAUAAUCUUCAGAGAUUAUUGGACAGAGUUGGAAAGCGAGAGAUUACAAUUAUUGAAAGACGAUAAAACACUUCAUGACAAGAAAUACAAUACCGAUCCCUUCUCUGUUGUCAUGGAGCAACAAAAAGCAAAAGCUGAGAAAGAGAAAGAGCACACUGCAAGACAGAACCAGAACUUAAGGACCCACAAGCCCGUUGUGAACAUUGGACAAAAAUCAGCCUCGCCAGUUGCACUGCCAUCCCCAAAGGACUCCAUACCUAGAGGCGCAUGGGAACAUGCUCCAUUGAUGGAUAUUCCUUCUGAUAUGCGAGUUGAAAUCGAAAAGUCGGUACAGAAACACUUAGAAUGGGACAGCGUGGAACAUAGGAAAGAAGUAAAUCAGCUGGACACAGUUGUGAAGAAAUUGGCUGGAUUGGGAUUUCGAGAGAGCCACGUAAAAGAGGCUCUUCAAUACACGUCUGAAUUUGUUGAUGCUCUUGAGUGGUUGAUUUUUCAUAUUCCUGAAGACGACUUGCCAGUGCUUUUUGCCAAGUCAAGUAAGGACUCCCAAGUCCUGCUUACAGUUUCACAAAACUUGAAAACAGAGUUGGUUUUGAAGAGACUCAGAAAUUCUGGAUUUGAUGAGGAUGAAAUUGUGCGUGUUUACAAAGAGACCGGCGAGGAUGAAGUUGAAACGGCUGUUCAACUUACAAAACUUCUAGCCAACAAGGCGGAAGGAGUUUCAGUAGAAGACCAAAGCCAGGAUAUUUGGGAUCAAGAGGUUGAGGCUAUAAAGUCUACCAGAGAAGCAACACUUUUAGACAAAAGAAUAAUUUCAGUCCCGUUGAACCCCAUUGGUGUUGGUGAAAGAGUAAUUGAUUUGAAAAUUAUGAAGAGCACCAACUAUCCUAAUGAAAUACCCGGCAUACAACUCGUGGUGGCAGAAAAACACAACCUAGCCAAUUAUGUAAAGUUGUCCAUUGUAAAAAGUCUUCUAGACACUUUACACGUUGGAGAGUGCAUGAUUUUUUCGAUAAUUGAAUGGCUAGAGGAGAACAUGAUCAAGGUCAUUAACAAUCCUGGACCACUUGUGACGUACCAAAAAGACACAAGAAUAACAAAUGAAGCAGUGGGGGUUGAGAAGGAGUCAAAAACAAGAAGGAGGGUGAGACAAAACGAGGAUAACAUAAAGCUCUCAUAUCAAAAUAGAGCAGCCACAUUACAGGAAUCCUUGAUUGAAAGAGGAAAACUUCCCGUAUCGAAAAAAGCGCUGGAGAUUGUAAAAGCUAUAAAUGAAAACAAAAUCACGCUUAUUACAGGUGAGACAGGAUCGGGUAAGUCGACUCAGAUUGUCCAAUACAUCCUUGACGAUUUGAAUUCAAAAGGGGAUUUUUCAACAACCGUCUUUUGUACACAACCAAGACGUAUAUCUGCCCUUGGGUUAGCUUCUCGUAUUAGUGAAGAAAGAGGCGACAAAUUGGGCCAAGAAACUGGGUACAUGAUCAGAGGCGAGAACAAAAUCGGUCCAACGACGAGACUAACUUUCCUUACCACCGGUAUUUUACUUCGUAUGCUCCAAAACAUCACCAAAGACGAAGAUCAUGCCAUUUUCGAUAACCUUGGGUAUAUUUUCAUUGAUGAGGUACACGAAAGGUCUGUCGACAGCGACUUCCUACUCAUAAUAUUGAGGGAUAUAUUGAAAAAAUUCCCAAAAUUGAGAGUAGUACUCAUGUCUGCAACCAUAAAAGUUGACAAGUUCAAUGAGUUUUUCAGGAAGCCAUUGGUUCAUAAGCAUGUGGAGGGAAGAACUUUCCCCAUAACGGAUUUUUACUUGGAUGAUAUUUUAAUCGAAUUAGACUAUUCUAUGGAGGUAGGCGGAGAAGUUGUGAAGCCACGUGCCGACUCUCCAUUUUUCAAAAGUGGAAACAUCAACUAUGACUUACUUGCACAGCUAGUGUUACAUGUCGACAAGAAAUUGUCACUGAGGGAAAAUGCAGGGUCGAUAUUGAUUUUUUUGCCUGGUGUCCCAGAAAUAAACCGUGCAAUCAAGGCAAUAAACAGUUUAGGCGACUUCUGGACUCUUCCCCUCCACUCGUCCCUAUCAUCACAAGAACAAAAAAAGGUUUUCCAGUCAAGUCGUGGGCAGAGGAAAGUGGUUGUGUCUACAAAUAUAGCCGAGACUUCAAUUACAAUACCUGAUUGUGUGGUUGUCAUUGACUCCGGUCGGUCCAAGUCGAUGUUUUUUGACACAACUUUGAACUCUACCAAGUUGGUUGAGGAGUGGUGUUCUCAAGCGGAGAUCAAACAAAGAAGAGGUCGUUCAGGUCGUGUUACUGAUGGUACUUGUUACCAUUUAUACACUAAAGAUACUGAAAACUCGAUGCUUCUCCAGCCAAUACCUGAAAUCAUGCGCGUCCGUUUAGAAAACUUGUACUUGAUUGUAAAGUCAAUGGGGGUGAAAAACGUUGAAAAUUUUAUCGCCAGUGGACUUGACUCCCCCGACCAGUCCGCGUUGCUAUCUGCAAAGACCUUUUUACAAGAUGUCGGCGCUCUUGAAGGCGAAAAACUAACAACGUUGGGUCAGUACUUGUCAUACUUACCAACGGACCCCCAUACCGGAAAGCUUCUAUUAUUGGGCUGUAUUUUUGGAUGCCUAGACUUUUGUUCAGCUUUGGCUGCUAUAAGUUCAGUUGGUAGUAUAUUUGCCCAUUCCAUGGAAAACAGAGACAAGAUCAAAACCAUCACAGAGAGCUUCAGUGAUAACCAGGGAGAUUUUGUUGCAAUGGCAAAUAUCUACUUUGCCUAUUUGGACUCCCCAACCAAGAAGUUCAUGACAGAGAAUUGCUUAUCGUACAAUGCUCUUCGUGACAUUUCGUCAACAAGACAGCAAUACUACCAGUUGUUGUCCGAAAUGGGGUUCACAACACUGCCAACAGUGCCAAAAAAUAUUGCAAAACCAAACUAUAACAUGAUCCGCGCUAUUGUCGUUGGUUCAUUUUAUCCAAACGUGGCUCGAGUUCAAUACCCUCCAAAAAAGUUUUUAAAGUCGUCACAGGGAGCUAUUGAGGCAGACGCAGACGCCCGAUUAACAAAGUAUUGGGUGAAAAAGGAAAGUCCCAACGUUCAAGAUUCACCACUAGCUGCCACUCGAGUGUUUAUACAUCCUUCGUCAAUCAUGUUUGGUAAAAACUCCACCGGAUUUGAAAUUGACGACGAACUCGAGUCACAAUUCACUCGGGAAGAUGGAUCGAUUGACCUAGACAAGGCUAGGCAAGUUAUUCCACUUAACAAACCACUCCCAUCAUCGAAACACACAUUCAUUGCUUACAGAUCAUCUCAUUUCUCGAAUAAGUUGUACAUUAAUGGAAUCACCCCGUCAAACACAUUGACUACUUUGCUCUUUGGGGGAAGUUUCGACUACGAUUUACACCCCACUAGCGGCUCUCCUUCCAAUGGUAUCAUCCUUGACAAGUGGCUUCCAGUACGAACAUGGUGCAAAAAUGGAGUCCUAAUCAAGCAAGUAAGAAAGUUAUUAGAUAGUUAUAUGGAUUCGCGGUUAUCAAAGGUUGGUGCAACAGGGGAUAAGGACGACAUAGUGCAAAUUAUCGAGAAAGCUGUUUGUUUAUGA